GACUGGGAGAGAAUGUACCCAAUGCAUGAUGUGACUGGGAGAGACUGUGUCCAAUGGAUGAUGUGACUGGGAGAGACUGUGUCCAAUGCAUGAUGUGACUGGGAGAGACUGUACCCAAUGCAUGAUGUGACUGGGAGAGACCGUGUCCAAUGCAUGAUGUGACUGGGAGAGACUGUACCCAAUGCAUGAUGUGACUGGGAGAGACCGUGUCCAAUGCAUGAUGUGACUGGGAGAGACUGUGUCCAAUGGAUGAUGUGACUGGGAGAGACUGUGUCCAAUGCAUGAUGUGACUGGGAGAGACUGUACCCAAUGCAUGAUGUGACUGGGAGAGACUGUACCCAAUGCAUGAUGUGACUGGGAGAGACUGUACCCAAUGCAUGAUGUGACUGGGAGAGACUGUACCCAAUGCAUGAUGUGACUGGGAGAGACUGUACCCAAUGCAUGAUGUGACUGGGAGAGACUGUGUCCAAUGCAUGAUGUGACUGGGAGAGACUGUGUCCAAUGCAUGAUGUGACUGGGAGAGACUGUGUCCAAUGCAUGAUGUGACUGGGAGAGACUGUGUGUAUACAGAGGCUCUGAGAGGGAACAGGCAAACGAGCCACAGAUAUAGGGUUGCAGAUGUAAUCUCUCUCUCUCUCUCAUAAUAGUGUUCUAAUUCUGUUUCUAUGGUCUCCAUUACCCCUAUCCUAACAAACGACAGGCAUCACCACGGUCCUCACCAUGACAACCCUCAGCAUCAGCGCUCGCCAGUCUCUGCCCAAGGUGGCCUACGCUACAGCCAUGGACUGGUUCAUCGCUGUGUGUUUUGCCUUCGUGGCAUCUGCGCUCAUCGAGUUUGCCGCUGUCAACUACUUUGCCACGCUGGAGGCCAACAAACUGAAGAAGAAGAGGAACGCCAGGCAGAAAAAAAUGGAGGCCCUGGCUGAAGAGGAGGAUGAGGAGGAUGAGGAGAGUGCUUCAUCUGGUUCAGCUGUGCCCCCCAUCUCAGCGCCGGCUGGCACCAGCCCCAUAGACCAGUUCUCCCGCAUCAUGUUCCCCCUGGCCUUCGCACUCUUCAAUCUCUUCUACUGGAUCAUAUACCUGGGCAAGGACACCAUGGAACAGGCCAGAGAGGAUUGAGCCCUGUGCUCCAACUGAUGUCAUCUGCUGAGCCUUGUUCUGUAGACACCUUGUUCAUUCAUCUGUCCUUCAACUCUACCAACAAGUACUCCACGUUCACAUGACUUUCAAUCCACACUGGAAAUGAAUACAAAAAACACAAACAAAUGAUUUUCCUCAUUUCUAUUCUGUUCACACUUUGUUCUGCCCAGAUCUGCUGAGAUCAGUUGUUGAAGAGAUGUCCUUGUCCUUGGCAGAGCGGUGCUUUAAACAUGGAUGCAUUUGGUACUUCUGAUUCUCCAGCAUCCCUGAAGACACGUACACACACACACACACGCACACACACACACACACACAUGCACGC